AUGUCUGAUCAAGUCAUGAAUUCAAACGAAUACAGUAAGUUGAGAAGUAUCUAUAAAUAUUACAUCGAUUCAUAUAUUACCUUGUAUCAGCUAAAAACAAAUAAUGAGGAAGAAAUAGAGAAUAUUUAUCAAAUGAUCAAAACAGAAUUGAUUGAUUCAAAGGGAUAUCCUCCACAAUGUAUUAUAAAAGACAUUUUAAAUAUUAUCCCGUAUAAUAACCGCUGCACAAAGUCAUAUUUGAAACUUGCAAAACUUGUAUCUGAUGAUUAUGAUGUAAAAGAGGUAACAAUGAUUCCAAUGAUUUCAAACUUCCUAUUUUAUAAAGAAUAUGGAAUUCAAUUGGACAUGUGUGAUGAUUUCGAAGAAUUAGUCCACCAAGAUUUAGAUAUUCAUUCUGACAAUACAAUUUAUAGAACAAUUAUGGAUGACAACAUAGAAAGAUUCAUUGCAUUCACGGAAAGAGAAGAAUUUGAUAAAGAUCAAUUACUUGCAAACGAUUUUUAUCCACUUUAUUACAUAGGUUAUUCAUUACUUGAAUUAUGUUGUUACCACGGAGCAGUUGAUUGUUUCAAGUUAUUAAGAUCGAAAUUUAACUCAGAAAUAACUGGAACAUGUCUUCAAUUUUCAUUUUUAGGAAGAAACAAAGAGAUCCUGAAUGAAUGUUUGAAAUAUAAAACACCAAAUACAGAAUGCAUGAAAUAUGCAAUUAUUUCACACAACAUUGAUUUUGUCACAUUCUUGAUGAAUGAAUACAAUAUAAAGAUCGAUUUAUACGAGUCCGCCUUUUAUAAUAAUCUUGACUCGUUUUUGGUUUAUUUUGAUCAAACUAAUAAUGUUGACAAAUGCUUUCGUUAUUCUGUAAUUUUCAACAUUCCCAUCACUUUGCGAAUAUUUUCUUUCACUUGGUGCAAAUAUCAAUGCAAAAAAUAA